AUGCUACAUCCCGACAUCAAGGGUGAAAGUCGAGCGUAUGUCAUAUCCGGCGGAGCGCAGGCUGCUCUGUCGGCCGUCGUAGAAAGUAUGCUCGAGGAGUGUCUACAAGACGCCGAGAACUUAGCUACGGUGGCUGGUAAAAGCUGCAUCACCCCCGAAGAAAUGGAGAAGGCAUUAAGGAAGCUCUGCCUACGUUUAAACGCGCAGUCGAGCACGCCGAGCAAACAGAAAGUUAACACGCAGCGCGAAGACGUUUGAACCGAGAGUUUGGCGAAAUCUUCCCGGGGAGAGAACGUCUUCGCGACGCCAACCAAUUCAAAUGCCGAGAGAGCUCCCGUGAUAUUGUCUACAUCGCUAAUAAAUGUCGAAUUGUGUACGAAAGUGCGAAUUGUGUCACGAACAGUGUCUCCGCUUAUUAUUAACUCCUUCAUAGUGUUCAUCGUAUCGUUUAUUCACAUUUACGAUUCUACGCUUGAGAAAAUCAGGAAAAUAAAAUUACUUUAUUUCUUUCGAGAAAAUAAAUUUCAAAUUCCAUUAUGGAACAUGUAAAAAAUAAUGGAAUAAUAGCUAAUUGCAUUCCCGUAUAAAUGUAAGACUAAGAACGAAAAUGCGGAGUAGUAAACUGAAAAAAGUGACAAUU